GUUUUCUAGUUCCAGUUUGAUAGUGAAAAUGGGAGCGAUACGACAUAAAGUAAACAGCUGGAUGUUUGGAGUGGCGCUUCUUUUGGUUUUCUUAAUGUUGCGUUUUCUCUUAAUAACAUCUGAAGUAAAUCUCUAUAGUUCAGAUAAAUCCUCAGAUGAAGUACGAUCUUUUAAAUAUGGAGAUUAUAUUGGUUUGGAUGGUGAAAUAGUGGAGUUCCCUUUUCGUUGCAAGUCUUGUGCUCUCGUUGGUAUGUCAGGUUAUUUGCUAGAUUCUGACUUUGGAGAGGAGAUUGACGAAAAUCAUUCAUGCAUCUUUCGCUUGGGCUUCUGUCCUACAAGAGGAAUGGAGAGACAUGUGGGAUCACGCACCACUGCACGUGUUGUCGAUAGCUUCAGAUUUUAUCCGUUUCUGAAAAGACCUCUGAAACUUGCUGCUGGACCCUUUGCUUCUGAAUUUUGGUUCUUGUUCGACAGAAGAACAGGUGACAUUAGUCACCUUCAUGGGCCAAGGUUAGAACCACUGGUUCGGAAGCACGAUUCUCACUUCCUGUGGCUGAGUCGUUCCGCUGAACGGCAAGUUAGGGAUUCUCUGUUUCAAAAGAAUCGCACCGUGGGGGGAAGAGAGAUAUCUGCCCUGUGGUUUGCAUUAAAAGUUCUAGAAGAUGCUGGAUGUAAAUCGUUGAAUGUAUAUGGAUUACCGGAUCCUCAGAUUUGCAAGAGGAGUUUAAAUGUUUCUAAACCAAGUUUAUAUUGGGAGAAUUCAUCUUCAGUUCUGUGCCAGAAUGGAGUAGAUGCAAGCUUCACGUCGAACAAAGGUGUGGCACCGAUUUCUCAUUUGCCUACGAUAGUCGAAAGACGAUUCCUGCUUCCUUGGGCUAGACAGCACAACUUGGAUAUCAAUUUUUUGGCUCCAUCUUGGCCAUCCUGAUGGCAGCAUUUCGUUUACUUCUAAAAAAUUAUUUAUGUUUUCUAAAAGACACCUGUCAGAGGCUUAGUGCAGAUUCAAUCCGUCCCCAAUUCAAACAUGACUGUUUUUGAGGCCUACCAGUAGCCACCCGGUAAAAGCUCUGAACACUGCUAGUUCCAGCCUGGGUUCGAUUUACCAACGUGGGUUCGAGGGCGAACUGGCUGGUUACAUGAACGUUUUCGUGAUUUUCCUCGUGUGCAACAUGUAUACGAGCCAGUUUCCCAUAAAAGUCCUCCACGAAGACAUUGCUUCCCUUAGGCAGAUAGCCCUAGUGUGCUUUGCCAUAUAAUCAACUAAACCAAAACUAUAAUAGUUGUGUUCCCAUUUCAGUCUUAAAACCCGUUUAUACUAACGGAACUUUGAGCCCAAGGAAAGCGCGUAAACUUAACGUCUUUUUAAUAGAACUAGUUUAAAGGACUAAAGAAAUGUUUCACUUUUGAAAUUUUAAAUAAUAUUAUCGCUUUGCUUUUUUUAAAGGCAAUAAUUGCAUAGAUACUCAAUUUUGCCUAAAAAAAAAAAAGUUUUACCCUACCCCUUUAGCAGAGCUUUUAAGUUCUCACACUUAUCUUGGAUUCAAAGUUCCGCUGUGUAAACGGGCCUCUAGAGGGAAAAUGUGAGUAACUUUAUUUUCAAUUCAAGCCGACUGGAAAAUAUUUUAUUAUUUCAUUUUAUUUUAAGACAUUCUUUAUCAGUGGCGUAUCGAGAAUUUAAUUUUAGAGGGUGCAAUAAUCAUCUUACUGUCAAAACUACCUUUGCGCAAUUUUCUAUACAGAAUUUCACCAUUUAAAAAGUGAAUUUAUUCGCAAAAUCAUUUUUCUGCAAUUAUAUAUGUUAUUUAAGUACACUAUGUAGCAUUAAUUUAUUUGUAUUAUUAUCUUAUUAAUGAUGAAGUUUUUAUAACGUACCAGUCAGUAAUACAAAAAUACCUAUAUUAUUGAAAAGAUCAAAAAUAUUUCCUCAAAAGCAAUUUUUAAUUCAUACCAAAUCAUAUAUUAAUGUUAAUUUUUUUAGUCCAAAAGGGGCUGUUAUUGUCGAAAUCGAAUUCUGUGUCGAAUGACUAAAAAUGUGUCCUUUCCCUUUUCAUUCGAGCCUGUUGCCAUUCACCAAAAUGUUAGAUAUUUAUCUUUCCAAACUGAAUCUGUCUGUUGUAGAUAAAAACUAAACUAUUUGAAAGGAAUAGAUGCAGUUCUUACACUGGCAGCACUGUACGGAAUAAAACAUUUAUAUCUCUAGCGCGCGAUACUGUGUAUCAGAUAUUCUCACGAUAUGCUUGUUUAUAAAUAUUUCGUGAUUCUGUUGUUGAACUGAAUUUUAUAUGGCGCAACUGCGAAGAACGUGAUAUUUAAAAAAUAAAGUUAACACACAAAAUGUUAAUUAUAAAAACAUAAAAAAAAUGU